AUGAGAGAAUUAGCUGAUUAUCCUGAUUCAAUACGGCUUUUACUGUAUGCGGAAGGUACUCGCUUUACCCCUGAAAAAGUAGAGGCUAGUAAAAAGUUUGCCAAAGAGAAGGGUUUACCCGUUUUGAAACACCAUUUAACCCCUCGAACAAGAGGUUUUACAGCCAGUAUUCCUCAUCUUCGAGGGAAAGUUGAUGCUAUUUAUGAUAUUCAAUUAGCUUUCAAACCAUCAGAGACAACUAAACCUACUAUGACAAAUCUUCUACUUGGAAAAAAAGACCGAAUGCAAGAAAGCUUUUUAGAAAGUGGAGACUUUUUUGCUACUAGUGGGGUACCUAAAGUAGAUUCAUUCAAGGUAGAACGUAGAAUGUGGACUUUUGUCAACACUGCGUUCUGGUCAAUAGUUAUUCUUGUACCCAUACUAUUUAGUCAAACUGUUUUUGUCAGGCUCAUUAUGCUUCUUUUCUAUUGGAUUUUCUUGCUAAUGUACAAAACUAUUGGAAUGUCGGAAAUAAAUAAAAGCUCAUCUUACGGAGCUGCAGCUGGAGCCGAACAAAAAAAAUGA